AUGACUUACACUGCCAUUGUUAUGUACCCCAACGACGCCGACAUUAAGUUCGACGAGUCCUACUACAUCAAAACUCACAUGCCACUUGUCGAAAGCACCUGGAAGAGCUACGGCCUGAUCAGCUGGCGUGUCACCAAGUUCCCCACUGCGCUCGAUGGCUCCCGAUCUCAGUUUUUGAUCAUGGCCACCCUCGAGUGGGAGAGCGAGGAAGCCGUGCAGGCUGCUCUGAAGGACCCUGGCAGUGCGGGGGUGUUUGCCGAUAUCCCCAACUUCACCAACGCGAAGCCUGUCACUUUGGCUGGUUCUCAGCUGUGA